UUAAUGUUCCAAGUCGAAACAGAAGACACUGUGCUAACGAGGGCUAAUCCAGUAGACCAAAAGCUGCCGCGCACAGGUAAUUGUCAGGCUCCCCCUGCGCACUGUUUGUUUAAUGACUAAAAGGAAAGCGCUUCAUGUCACUCCAGAGAGUAAAUAUCUGAAGUUAUGGAUUAACUAACUUCCAGCAGAGCUCAUGGCGGCAGAAUAGAUCACGCUGACUCGCACUGAAUAAAGCACAGGGUGCUCCCCUUCGUGCCUGCCGUUUCUUCCGUGGGUGAGUCCUGCUGCAGUAUGUGGAAGCUCGUCAACGUAGGGGUGCUGCUGGCUGUCUGCUCUUCACAAGUGUGUGGUGCCUCAAUAUUUUACAGCAACAAAGAUGCAAACCAGGUCCUGAAAAUCCAGAAGCGGGCAAACUCUUUUUUGGAGGAGCUCAAGCCAGGCUCUGUGGAACGUGAGUGCAAAGAAGAGCAGUGUGACUUCGAGGAGGCCAGUGAGAUAUUUGAAACCAGAGAAGCAACACUAAAUUUCUGGAGCAAAUAUGUAGAUGGAGAUCAGUGUGACAUACAGCCUUGUUCCAAUGGGAUCUGCAAGGACAAUAUUGGAAAAUUUUCCUGCAUCUGUAGCAAAGGCUGGGAGGGAGCUUUGUGCAAUUACGAGAUCAAAUACACCAACUGUUCUGUUGACAAUGGAGGAUGUGAGCACUUCUGUAAGGACGACCCUGCCAACCAGUACCGCCUCUGCAGCUGCGCGUCCGGGUAUCACUUGAUGAGCGACCAUACCAUGUGCAAGCCUGUCGUGGAGUUCCCUUGUGGAAGAGUGAAAGUGGACUACGCUGAAGCCAGAGCAGGAUUCAAUAUUCGGCUCAUUGAAGGGAAAGCAGGAAGAAGAGGAGACAGCCCUUGGCAGGUUAUGCUGCAAAAUAGCAAUGGGAAAUUUCUGUGUGGGGGCGUUCUCAUCCAUCCAUCUUGGGUCCUGACAGCGGCACACUGCAUUGAAACAAGAGAGGGGCUCAAAGUAAGACUUGGUAAAUAUCACCGUUUCCGUACUGAGGCAGAGGAGCAAACCAUUUGGGUUGAUAAACGUGUGAGCCAUGAGAAUUAUACCAAGGAGACCUCCGAUAAUGACAUAGCCAUGCUGCACUUGGCUGAGCCCGUGAUGUAUAACAAAUACGUGCUCCCUAUCUGUCUUCCCACCAGGGACCUGGCAGAACAUGAGCUGACAACAAGCGGGAAGCAGAUGGUGGUAACUGGCUGGGGCAGCACAAGUGAUGUUGCCAAGAAGAAUUACUCUACUGUCCUCAGUUACAUUGAAAUCCCCAUGGUUCCCCGGAACGAGUGUGCUCAAGCUAUGAGAUUUGCUAUCUCUGAUAACAUGCUGUGUGCUGGGAGCUUAGGAGACAAGAAAGAUUCCUGCACUGGGGACAGUGGAGGUCCCAUGAUCACUAAAUUUAAGGACACUUGGUUUCUGGUAGGACUGGUGAGCUGGGGCGAAGGCUGUGGAAGACUGGAGAAAUUUGGGGUCUAUACCAAAGUUAGCCAGUACCUUGAGUGGAUCCAGCACAACAUAGAUGAGAUGUCUGCUUCUUUGAAGGGCUGAUUCUUACAUUGCGAGUCUGGAAUAUUGUGGCUGUGUGCUAGUGACAGUAUGCAGUGUAAUGUACUGUCACAUCUUCAGUAUUAAAUAUUGAGUCUGUGUUAA